GUCCGUGACCUCCAUCAUCAAAGAGUAUUAAACAUGGACAAUGAUCUCAAAGUACAAGGAAAACUUAUGGUAUGGCUUGAGAUUUUUGCCCCAUCUGCAAAGGAGAAUUCUAAAGCAAUACACGCGGACAACGAACCCAACUCAUCGAGCUGUAUUCGCUGCCUCAAGAUCCCCAAGGCCCACAUCACCAAGUUCUGUAGAAAACCAUACAAGUGGAUUCGUUUUGUAACGGGUUGUAUCGCUGGUUCCACUGGCAUGCUGUAUUGGAAAGACGGAGAGGAGGUUGACUACGAUGCUGACCUCACUCCAGGAGACACAAACGUUUGCUUCGUCAUCGAUCCUGCGGAACGCGAGCGAGCCUUCCCUCUCGAUCCUGAUCUCGCCAACGCCCACGUCACUACAGGUGCCACCAGCACGCGAAGGGCUGAUUUCAGAGAUAAACUUCGAGAACGGGAUGGGGCCACUUGCGUGGUGACUCGAAUGCCCGCGGAAUUAUGUGAAGCGUCACACCUAAUCAGCCAUAACAAAGGAGACGAGUACAUAGAUGUAUUGACGAGAAAUCGCGGUCGCGAUCCUGACAAUGCCGACCACAUUGACGAUAUCGACGAUUGCCGGAACGGACUAUAUCUUUACAUGUCGUUACACAGACAGCUCGGAAGCAGAGGCAUUGGUUUCCUUGUGACACCGAACUUGGCGAUGUCCUCCAAUGACAUGAACCCUGAAUGGGAUGCGGAUCAGCCCAAAUGUAUAUUUCACGACUUCCGUGGCACACUUGAUCCUUCUCCUGCCUUCGCCCUCCCGGUAUAUCGCUUGAGUCACCCGCAUAACCAACCCAUCAGGGUCCCAGUAGGUCGAAACGACUGGCCUCCUCGCGUCCUCUUCGACGCGGUGUACACGUCGGUGAUUAUGAAGUACUUUUUUCACAAGGAAUUUGUGGAGUUCGUCAACGCGCACUGGAAAGACCGCUACACUCAGAACGAGGCCAUUCAUACUCGUAGUGAUAGAGACAAGGCGAACGAAGAUGCCGCAAGCAAAAAAUAAGAAAAAAGGAAGAAAGAGCUAGAUUCGGACAGUGACGCACGAGGUGCUAAGCGAGGGCGCGACGACGACGAACCCGACGAGUUUGAUCGUGUUAUGAUGGCCAGGAGUAUGAUGCGUAGGCCAUAUACAAGAGCGGAACUCCAAGAACUCGAUGAGGCUCAUCGGAGAGCAGAACGAGAGAGAUUCAUGCAAUUGAGGGAUAUUAUAGAGCAAUGGCGAG